AUGUUCUGUCUGGACUACAAGGUUUGUUUGACAAACCUCCCAGACGAUCUUCUGCACUCUAUUUUAUCUCGUUUAGGUUCCUUCUGUGAUAUCCUCGACUUCGCUGCAACCUGCCGCACUUGGCGUGCUGCGUUCUCUUCGUACCCAUCCAAAUCUACCUUUUGCACCUCAUUCACGCCUCUCCUCAUCCAACCCGAUAUCUGUGUCCAUGUUCCUCGCGCUCUGCCUAACGAUGGUCAUCACAACUUACGCACAUGUAAGGUUAUGGAUCCAGCCAACCAAAAUAACAGUCUUCACUGCGAGAUUGAUGAAGAAACUCUGGAGACGAUGUGUUGUGCUAGCCCUUCCUAUGGUCAACUCAUCUUCUGCAACCGUGGACAUUGUCUUGUCAUUGAUCCUUUCACGGGUGCCAAGGUGUCACCUCCACGUCUCCCGUACAGUGAUGAGUACAAGAAGCUGGGUUGUCAAGGGCUACCACUUCGACUUGCGCUUGCGGAGUACUCCUUGAGUGCCAUUCUAACAGCUCCCCUUGCAUCACCCAACUCGCAUCUCCUUGUCGGGGCUUAUAACUCCCUAUUCGAUUGGCCGGUUGGAAGUGACUCUUGGUCUCAAGUCCCCUUUCCUGGUGUACGAAUAGAACAGAUUGUGGAGUUCAAUGGCCAGGUCAUAGCCAUGGAUCAUCUUCAGAAGAUCUACACUUUGGAUCUGGCCCCCCAUUUCAUGUCUGAAACAGCUUGCAGGCUGCAAGACUAG